ACACACCCGCCGAGAGCGCGCAUCACUCAGUUGGAAAAGUUUGACGCUCCGACUUUCAUAGCACAGACGCGUCUAAUAGAAACCAGUCCAACUAUGCGGGUUAUUUUUCAGUGACUGCACAGAAUUUAUUUCCUCCGCGGUGAUAAGAAGUGUGGCGCCUGUACGCGUAUGUCUGACCGUGGACGGAGCUAUAUUACCCUCCACCUGCACUUACUUGUUUCGGAGUUUUGAUCUCGGUGUCCGUGGGCGAGUAACUUUCAGGCGAGCACAAAUACUUAGAUUUGGAUCGUGAGCGACAAGCAGUAAUAGUGGUUCUCACUUUGUGGGUAGAGAAAAGAGAUUAAGAAAGCGUGAAGUUGCUGAAUGGAAAGUUAGUUUUGACUUUCUGGGUCUCGGGGUAUUUUAGCCUAACUCACAGUGUAUUUGAACCACUAGAAGGUGAAGAGGAAAUUCGUCAUUUAAAGCUUGUACGAGUUUGUUAUCAACAUGAGUGGAGGAGUAGUUUUCCACAUGUGGAUGGUUUUAUUGCUGGGGACUAUAACCGGGCUCGGGAGGGCUCAGGUCUCCAACGUCAGAGUGCUGAGGGGCAACAUCAGGAGAGACGACUUGUACCGCAAAGAAGAAAACAUCACAGUAACGUCAGCGGGUGGAGCCAUCCCCAGUCCACGCUACCCCAACGCUUAUCCCCGCAAUCUGCUGUUGUCAUGGAAAUUGGUGUCACCACCAGGGAGCCACAUACACCUGGAGUUUGACGGACACUUCGGCCUGGAGGAGGCUGACAAUGGAGUGUGCAGGUAUGACUUUGUUGAAGUGGAGGACCAAUCAGAGACCAGCACUAUAAUUUGGGGUCGCUGGUGUGGGCAGAAGGCACCGCCUAGUCUUAACUCCAAAACCAACACGCUCAGAGUCACCUUCAAGUCUGACGAUUACUUUGUUGCAAAGCCGGGAUUCAAAGUCUACUACUCACUGCUGUUUGACUGUCCUCUGCCUGCAUCCAUCACCAACUGGGAGGCUGUCACUGUUCCAAUGUUGGGCAUUGGUGCAGAGCAUAUGCCAAAAGCAGUCACAGAGGUUCCUUUCUCAUUGGAGGAUUUGGACCGGACCAUAGCCGCCUUUGACACUGUGGAACAACUGUUCAGAUCCUUGAGCCCAGACACCUGGAGACAGGACCUGGACACCAUCUACACUCAAACACAUAUACAUUAUAGAUCCAGGGCCUAUCAUCUGGCAAGCAGACAUAAUAAAGUUGAUCUUAACCGUCUCUUUGACGACGUCAAGCGGUACAGCUGUACGCCUCGCAACUACUCUGUAAACCUGCGCGAGGAGCUGAGGGCCACCAAUGCUGUUUUCUUCCCUCGAUGUCUCCUGGUCAAACGCUGUGGAGGCAACUGUGGCUGUGGAACUGAAAACUGGAACAAUGGCUGCACCUGUCAAGCCUCCAAAACGACACUCAAACUACACGAGGUGCUGAAGUACGUCCCAGAGGUCACUCUGUAUGAGCGCCCUAAGAGGCUGAAGUUGCGUUGGGUCAUAGAUGAGAUCUUCCUCACACACCAUGAAAAGUGUGAGUGUGCGUGUCCCUCCCAGCCCCCUCGCUGACACACCCAGACUGGCACAUGCAUCUGGAACUGUUGGACGAGUUCCUCUUUUAUCUAUUUUGUAACGGACUUCCUAUAAUUACAGCAACGCAGACAAACAUGCAGCAAAGAAGAAGGCAGCAUUUUGACUUCUGACAUUUUGACACAGCUUGCAUCAUACACCUUGACAUUUGUCCUUGCAAGUAAACCACCUACCUUUCUCUGUACACAGGCCAAACUUGUCUAAAUUUUCCCUUUUUCAAAUCGGAUUUUCUUUCUUCUAAAAACCAAAUUAAUUCAAGAUUCUUUGGAAUACAAAAACAUUAGCAUGCCACACUGCGAAAAAAACAACAACAACAUUAUAUUUAACUCACAUUACAUUUU